CAUUACUUGACAUAGUACUCCUUUCUUAAGGUUUCAACCGUUAAACUAUUUCCCACUCUGGACGAACAUGUCGCUACUUGGGUCCAGGACAUAUGGCAUAUUUCCACCGCGCAAGCAUAGCCAAACGGAUAGGGAACUUCGAAAACAGCUAAACGAGCGUGGCGCUCCUCGGGAUUCAGCCAUUCUGACUAAAACCGAGCUUGAACUGAUUCGAGAUAUGAUUUCCGGUAACUUUGCUGCGAGCGGUUUAUCCUCUUCCUCUCGUGUACCGGCAUCUCUGUACGGCCGGACCCCGUCUGCCGAGGAAAGAAAGCGGAAGAUGAUGGAGUUUGAUGAGGAACGCCGGUGCAAAGGUGAAGGACACCUAACUGCCGAGGAAGCGGAAAAGGAACGCGAGCGACAAUUGCAUCUCGAUCGAGCACGCACAAAGCUGGACGAGGAGUAUGAUGAAACCAGAGCGAUGAACCGGAUUAUCCUAGAGGCCAAAUGUGUUGCGCUGCGUGAGGCGCAGCGCUUGGAGUGCCAGAAAAAGAAGGAGGAGGAAAAAGAAUAUGAAAAAAAAAUGGAUGAAAUGCUUCUGGAGGAGGCAAAAAAAGCGGAGAGAGUGUACGAAGAACGCGAGUACCGUCGCCUUGAGCAACAACGCAUUAACUCGGAAAGCAUCAAAGAGCAGCUCAAGGAACGCGAGCUCGAGCGCAUACGCAAGCUGCAACGUCAUCAACAGGAGCAAGAGGCUAUGGUUCGGCAUCUGGAGUUGCUCCAAGAGGAACAGAAGGUGCAGCGACUUCGUCGGCAAGAAAAGGUGCAGCGGUUGAUGGAGGAAGCUGCUAUCGCCAAUGCAGAACAAGUCGAGCUAAAACGUAAGCAGCGCGAGCUCCAAGCAGAAGAAGAGCGCCAGAUGGCUGAAUUCAUCAGAAAAAAGGAUCAACAAGAGCAAAUGCUGGCUAAAGAGCAACAGAGGAUCGCAAUCGAGAAAGAGCGAGAGGUCGCUAGAUUGCGAGCGGCCCAAGAGCAACAGCAGGACAAGCAAUCCCAGCUGGAUGAGCUUCGCGCCAAGCGCGUCCAGGACGCCUACGCGCGCGAACAGCAACAUAAGGAGAAGGAAGCAGCUGAGCGCCGAGCGGCAGUCUUCGAAGAUCUUCAGCGCGCCCGCCAGGAGCAAAUCGACGAGCAAAGGCAGCUGAAGAACGAGGAAGAACUCCGUGAGCGAGCAGAGCUGGACCGCAUUCUCGCGACGCAGAAGGUAGCCGCGGAGCAAGAAAAGGCCCAUAGAGCGCAAGUGCGUAAGCUUCGCGAGGAAAAUGCGCUUGCAUUGCUUAAACAAAUGAUGGAGGUUGAGGAGCGGAGACGCCUGGAGCGUCAGGAGGAAGUGGAAGAAGGACGCCAAUUCAUGCGCAAGGCUCGUGAGCGUCAGGCCGCCCUGGAUGCAAUUCGGGAGCGCAAAUUGCAAGAGCUAGAGGAAAUUCAGGCCCCGGAGAAAUACAAGCAAGCAUUACGUCGCAUCCAAAAACAUUAGAAUUAAGAUCUAAUAAACUAGGAGGUUAGAAAGGUUGAAAGCGGAGAGCGAGAUGUACGUCUACAUGACAGUGGCUGUGGUAUAUCUGAAUUUUCCUUCUCGCAUCAUCUUUCCCGUAUUACUCUUUAUUUUUUGUAAGAGAACAGAAUAGAUGUAAAUAGAAAUAUACUUUGUAUCAAUUUCGAUGUUAUAAUACGUGGAAAAUCCUGAAUAAGUAUCCUCUUGUGCGCAACAUUGAUGCUAGAAAGUCUAGAAUGUAGAUGAAAAUCAAAUACGGGGGACUACUUCUCAUUCUGUAUUGUCCUCUUUUUAACUAAUACAUGCAUCUUUUUUUUUCCACAUAAAGGUAUCAGAAAUUAUUCCAGUUCCAGGAUUAUAAGGAGAUCCCCCUAAAUCAGUGCGAGUCUAGUGUUUUCUUUUUGAAGAAGGGGGAAGACUAUCAACGUAUGCGAACCCUAUCUACAAACACAUAGCAAUGUUAGCAUAAAAUUAGAAUUCUUCAAGUUCUAUAUAUAAGAAAUAAUUUCUUUUUAAAGGAAUGAAUUUUUACAAUCAUUAAUUUAUCCAUACCUCCUUCUUUUGCAUAAGGAAACAACAUUGACAGCUCUAAACUCAAUAUUACUGGCCUAUUAUCGGCUCUGGCUUAAGAAAGGUGCAACAGAAGCACAGGAUGAUGAAAUCUGGCCCCCGUCACCAAGACUCAUGUUGUGAAAUAACUUGUGCAAAUUCACGUGAAUCUCUACGAUCUGGAAGAUGUAUUUGAUAGUGGGUGUAAUGAACUAAGUAACGACAAUAACAGAGACAAAAGUCUGUGGUCAUAUAUUAACAACUUUGAAAGACAACGUUGCACGAUUGUUCUCCUUUGCAGACACAUCUACCUAUGCUAUGGGUGUGCUCUAGAGCUUUCUAUGGACAAAUAAUCCAUACUCUGUUGAGGCGCUACAGACUUCAUCCUGUUUAUAUAGAGAAUAAGUUUAGGAGCAUGGAUGCUUAUGUAAAUGCUAUGUUUUACCUAUGUGUGUAUUAUGUUAACUUAUUCUAUCACUAUUUAACAGUAGAUCACAUAUUUAUUUCUGUGUGCUUAUAGGUUGUAUUUUUUUCGUAUUAAGGAGAGGCAUAUUUCUCUCUCACACAUUUAUAACGAAGCAGAAGAAGUAUACAUUAGCUUACCUCUUAUUUAUUAUUGAAUUUUAGAUUGUAUAAUUAUAUUUUUAUGAAUGAAUUGUGUGCAUAUAUUCUUUAUUGUUGUUAGAAAGAUAGAAGGCGUAUGGGGAAAGGGAGAUAUCUUUUCGCUUUAGCGGAAAAAA